AUGCUUGUCGGCGUCGCGCGCGCGAUGCCUCAGGCGUCCGUCAGCAGCGCAACUGCACCGUCCAUCACGCUUUCGACCGCGGUUGCGAGUCCUAGUGUCCCCUUGUCGUCGCCCGUUCCCUCGCAAAUCCCUCUACCUCCUAAGCAGGCAUGGUGCCCGAGCGAAAUUUUCUGUGCUGGGGAGCUCUUGCAAACGGUCAACCUCGCAGCCGCAUAUUCCGACCCCAAGACUUUCGUAGACAAGCCAACAUCAAAGUCCUCUCACGACGUUCUGGCCGCCUUUGACGCGAUCGGCAACACGACUGCUACGGAAGGUGACAUCGUAACUUUCCUCGACACCAACUUCCGUGGAGAGGGGCUUGAACUCGAGGCCGUUGCGCUCUCAAACUUUAACGACAAUCCCGCGUUUUUGAACAAUGUCUCCGAUCCGCUCGUCAGGGCAUUCUCGCAGACCGUUCAUGGCUACUGGACGUCGCUUAUUCGGAACACAAAUCAGACUGCGCUCUGCCAAGAGGGCACGGAAUCUGGGCCAUGCGAGAGCACCCUCAUUGCCCUCAACCAUACCUUCGUAGUUCCUGGUGGUCGCUUCCGCGAGCAAUACUAUUGGGAUUCCUAUUGGAUCGUCCAGGGCCUCAUCAAGUCCGAGCUCUUCGACACAGUCAAGGACACGCUGGAAAACUUCAUGGACGAGAUCCAGAACUUUGGCUUCAUCCCCAAUGGUGGCCGCAUUUACUACCUUGACCGCUCUCAGCCGCCCUUGUUCAUUCACAUGUUGUCCGACUACGUAGCCGCUACGAACGACACCUCCGUGUUGGAUCGGGCUCUGCCUUUGGCUGAGAAAGAACUCGCUUGGUGGGCUACUCAGCGCACGGUGAAUGUCACGAGCCCCUUCACGAACAAGACUUACGCUCUCGCUCACUACGCUGUGAACAACACUGCGCCUCGCCCGGAGUCCUACCUGACUGAUUACCUCACUGCGAAUGAUCCAACGCUGCAGACCCCCCUCACCGCGGACGAGCGCUCGAACCUCUACGCCGAGCUUGCAUCUGGCGCUGAGACCGGCUGGGACUACUCUUCGCGUUGGGCGAAGGAACCCCUUGCGGGCACUGCCACGAACCAGAACCCCGUACUGCGCUCGCUCAACGUCCGUAGCAUCAUCCCCGUCUGCCUCAACAGCAUCCUCUACAAGGCCCACACCCUUCUUGCAGACCUCUAUGACAGCCAGAACAACGCGACCGCUGCAUCCACACACCGCAACACCGCCGAUGUCUUCCGUUCCGGGGUUCUCGAUCUGUUCUGGGACGCGUCGAAGCUCGCGUUCUACGACUUUAAUUUGACGGCCAACGCACGCAGCUCUAUCUACUCUGCGGCGACGUUCUACCCGCUCUGGAAUGGGAUCAUCCCAGACGAGCUGCUCUCGUCGUCUCAGAAUGCGUUCGGGUUCUUCGCGGCGCUCAACAUGGUCCUUAACCGUUACAACGGUACCUUCCCUGUCACGUUUAUUCAGACCGGCUUGCAAUGGGAUGCCCCCAACGCGUGGCCCCCACACCAGUACAUCGCGCUCGAGGCCCUUCGCGUGCUCCCUUCAAAUAUCACAAGUAACCCACUCCCGACUCCCAACGGUACACAGUCUACGUUCGACCUCAUUCCGUCAGGCCAGAUUGGUGUCUCUGAGGACGCGCUUCCUGCGCAGGCCAUUGCCCCUGGAAAGAACGCCAGCCAGUCGGGCCCAUCUGCUGAUGUCAGCAAGCUCAACGGCACGGUAGUCAAUGGGGGUAACAAGACCGACGGCGAGGGCUGGGCGGCGACCCUCCAGAGGGAGCUAGCAAACCGGUACAUCGCCAGCGCGCUGUGCAGUUGGCACGCAACAGGCGGAGAGAUCCAAGGAUUGCUGCCUCGGUUGUCUGAUCAGGAGUUGAACGUGACCCAGAGUGUAAAUAACACGGGUAAUAUGUUCGAGAAGUUCUCUAUCUCGGACAUCGACUCCGCGGGCCGCGGUGGCGAGUAUACCGUGCAGGCGGGCUUCGGCUGGACGAACGGCGCAGUCCUCUGGGUUGCGAGCAACUUCGGCGACAAGCUCGUCGCACCUGAAUGCCCUGAUGUCCUCCAGAGCGCUGCAGCGACGUCGGGCACAACCUCUACUGGUGGAAGCGGAAAUAACGCCGCGUCGAGCGCGCGCGCUCCUGCUGCCUUCGUCGCUGCAAUCGCGCUGUUUGCUGCGUUGGCGAUGCUUUGA